AUGGUGGCGACUCCCGCCAAGCUAGCAGAUCCCCUGCCCAACAACCAGGUGGGUAUGGGUAUGGAGGCUACUCCAGUCCAGCGCCUAAUGGUUACGCGGGUAACGGUACAGCUGGAGCGGGUUAUCAGAGUGCAUCACCCGACAAAAAUUCUCUCAUCUCUCGAGUCACAAAAUGAUGCUGAAGUUGAGGGCAUCAGCGCCAAGGUCAAAAUGCUGAAGGAUAUCACAAUCGCAAUUGGCGACGAAAUCCGAGAUACCACACACAUGACCGAACUCAAUGAUUCAUUCGACAACACCCGAGUCCGACUUCGUGGGAAUAUGAAACGCAUGCUUCGCAUGGCCGAGAGCACCGGCGUCGGCUGGCGAGUUUGGCUCGGCUUCUUUUUCGCUGUCUUCCUCCUGUUCUUCUAUGUGUGGAUAUUUUGA